AGUCGGGGCUAGCAGCACUCGCUCACUGUGGAUUUGGCGCAGGCGCACUGUAUGCGGUGUGUGUGCGCGCAUUGUGUGUGUGUGUGUGUGUUUGUGUAUGUGAACUGCCGGCGAGCCUAAAAACAUUACCGAGCAGAGGGAAUGUCUGGUAGGUCAGUGCGCGCCGAGACCCGGAGCAGAGCCAAAGAUGACAUCAAACGCGUUAUGGGCGCUAUUGAGAAAGUACGAAAAUGGGAGAAAAAAUGGGUGACGGUUGGAGACACUUCACUGCGUAUCUUCAAAUGGGUUCCAGUGACUGAACCAAAGUCAGACGAUAAAAAAAAAAAGAAGGGCAGAGAGGAGAAAUAUGGAUCAGAGGUGACGACUCCAGAGAACAGUUCCUCUCCGGGAAUGAUGGACAUGCACGAUGAGAACAGUAAUCAGAGCUCAAUAGCUGAUUCCUCUCCGGUGAAGAUGGAGAACAGCUGUAGCACGAGCCCGACACCAGAGGCCACUGCUGCUGCUCACGCUGAUGGAAACAAGUGCAAGGCAGAACACACGCCAUCCCCUGACAAAGGGAACUGUAACUCCACCUCCACCCCUUCAGAGACUUCAACAAGCAAAAAAGAUACUCCGUUAUCAGGGGAGAAGGAGUCCCCAUCAGACACCUCGACAAACACUCAGGAAAGUGAAGAUGGUUCACCACCCACAAAGAAAAGUAAAGUGGAAUCAUCUUCUCAGGACUUGGAUAACUAAAGCCGACUAGUUAUCUAGCCCACGUUUUAAUCACAUCACUGUCACAAACCAAUGAGGAAACCCCACCCACUUGACUUUCCCGAUCUUCAAAAGACAGCUUCACCUUCUUCUUCAUCUUCUCACCUGGAGCGAACGUUUGCAGACGUCACUGUGCCAGUGAACCGAGGUUGAUGACAAACACUGACCUGAUCCUGUGAGAAACCUGCAGCCUCGCUCCACCCAAUUCAUGCACGAUCUACAGCAUUAGUUUAACAGUAACGAGAGUGAGUGCACUGCAUAGAUUUGUCAAGAUAAAAGAUGGAUUUGCUGCUGUGAUCUUCUUUGUUUUACAUUUUUUGUAAUAUUUAUUUAAAUUACUCUACUAGUUGGUUUUUCUAACUACUUUGCAGAUUGCUGUAUGGUUAUAGUGCAGGUGUUUGGUUUGUUUCUAGAUUCUCUACUGGUUUGUGUGCCUUCUGGCUCCAUGAUUUAAGCUUUUUAUUUUAUUUUUUUUA